CUUUUCUCUCUUCACGGCUGCUCGGAGGAGCUCUCGGCGGCUGACCCGGAAGCUCCUGCGUGUUUCUCGGCAGGGCUGACGCUUUCAAAUCGCCUGGUUUGUUGUUGUAAAGAUGGCGCUACGGCCGGGAGCUGGCGGAGGCGGCAGCUUCAUGUUCCCUGUUGCAGGGAGCCUUGGACCUUCACAAGGGAUGAUGCCAAUGCAGCAGCAGCAGCAGCAGCAGCAGCCAGGCUAUCCCAUGAUGCAAGUGAUGCAGCCGAACAUGCAAGGCAUGAUGGGUGUGAACUUUGGCUCUCAGAUGCCCCCGGGCACCAUGCCAAUGCAGGGGGGAAUGCCGAUGGGAUCCAUGCAGGCUGCUGGGAUGCAGUACAUGGGACAGCCUCAGUUCAUGGGAAUGACAGCCCCGGGUCCUCAGUACAUGCCGGACAUGCAGAAGCAACUCGCAGAGGAGCACCAGAAGCGCCUGGAACACCAGCAGAGGAUGCUGGAGGAGGACCGGAAGAGGAGGCAGUUUGAGGAGCAGAAACAGAAACUGCGACUCCUUAGCAGCGUCAAACCCAAGAUGGGGGAGAAGAGCCGAGACGACGCGCUGGAGGCCAUCAAAGGGAACCUGGACGGAUUCAGCAGAGACGCAAAGAUGCACCCGACUCCCGCCUCCCAUCCCAAGAAGCCAGACAUGCCACCAUCUCAUUCUACUGCCUCCUCCUCCUCCUCCUCCCUCCUUUCCCAAACCCCUGCUUUUCCUGAAGACGACGAUGAUGAUUUUAGUGACUUUAUGCAGGGGCCGGUUGAACCCAUGUCCUCUGCCACCACCACCACCACCUCCUCUUUCCAAACUUUCCAGCCCGACUCCUCGGGGCAGGCAGCAGUGCCCUCACACCCUGCCCCCCCUCCCCAAGCAUCCCUGCCCCCUGUACCUCUUGGUUCAGCGGGACAUCCCCCUUCUGUCCCUACUUCUACUACAAGUUCCCAAUCUUCUGCGCUUAAAGGCCCGUCUUUGAAGGAGAAACUUGUUUCCUCAUGUGAUUUAAGCGCAUCCAAACAGGCCCAGGUUCACUUUAAAUCCUCCCAGCCUUUGGCUGAGAUGGGCCACAAAGCACCGGUCUCUGCCCAUUUUCAGCCCAGCACUAAGGCGAGAAACUGGGGCAUUGCCGACAGUAACCUGAGAGCUGCCUUCACUGUGGAAGCCCCACCUCCACCACAGCCUGCCUCCACACCAGCAAAGGUUCUGGCAAACGAAACCCAUUUGACCGCUGAAGAAAGUGGCGUGGGAGUGUUCCCUCAACAGGAGGCUAUCCAGCCAAUGGUGCCUGGCUGGCUGUACAAUGACAGUCUCGUUCCAGACCUGUUUAAGAAGGUGCUGGAGAUCACAAUGACUCCUUCGGGAAUCGACACAGCGAAGCUCUACCCCAUUCUGAUGUCCUCGGGCCUGCCCAGGGAGGCGCUGGGGCAGAUCUGGGCGUCCGCCAAUCGCACGACUCCGGGGAAGUUGACGAAGGAGGAGCUGUACACUGUGCUGGCUAUGAUUGGUGUGACUCAGAGGGGUCUCCCAGCUAUGAGCCUUGAUAUCCUGACCCAGUUCCCCUCUGCACCUGAGCCCAACCUGCCCGGGCUGGCGCUGGUGAUGCCCGGAGUCAUGCAGCAGCAGCAGCAGUCCAUGCUGCCCAUGCCCCCUAUGCCCCAGUCGGCCGUGCCCAUGUCUCUCACCACUGCGCAGCCUGUCAAGGGCGUGAACCUCCCUGUGCAGGCAGGGGACUGGAGCACGCAGGUCUCCCCCAGCUUCAUGCCUUCAUUCCCCUCCAACACCCAGGCAUCCAAACCUGAGGACGAUGAUUUCCAGGACUUUCAGGAGGCUCCCAAGGCUGGCUCUGCCCACGACUCCUUCACCGAUUUCCAAGAGGAGUCGAGCGGAGCCUUUCCCAUAGCGGCAAGCACUCGGUCGCAGAACAGCACCCUAGCAUUGCUGACUCCGAUAUCUGGAGCGUCCACGUCGGCCUCUUGUGAUAAGUAUGCUGUGUUCAAGCAGCUGUCUGUGGAGAGACCUGAGGAAACAGCUGUACCUGUUCCAGAUUAUGGUGAUAAAUACAGUGUUUUCAGAGUGCUGGAACAGCCCCCCGAUGUCAAACCUAUAGGGGAGGGAUUUGCAGACUUCAAGUCCGCUGGAGGCGAUGAUGGCUUCACAGACUUCAAAACAGCCGACAGCAUAUCCCCACUAGACCCCCCAGAGCAAGCCAAAAUCUACCAGCCAACCUUCCCUCCUCCUUUCCUCCAAACGCAGCCUCUACAACAACAAUCACAAUCGCACAACUCCACGGCAACUCUUCCUGCGCCCAAAAACCCCCUCAACAUGGCAGACUUGGACCUCUUUUCCUCUCUGGGGGGCCCUGCUGCCAGCGCCACUGCCGAGACUAAACCUCUGUCGUUCCCACCCCCCUCCACUCUUGUCUCCAGCCUCCCCCCUUUGGCAGCCCCUUCCUCGGGGGCAGGCAGGAAAGCUCUCAGUGGGGCGGAUGAUUUUGGCGACUUCGCCCUCUUCGGUUCUUCCUCUUUGGGGGUCACGGUUCCGAGCCACGUCCAGGACGACUUCGCAGACUUCAUGGCCUUUGGGAGCGCUUCUUCAUCCAGCGUGCUGGUGGAGGAGAAACCAAGCAAGAGUAACUCCAAUGUGGGAGAGAUCCCCGUGCAGCAGCAGAAAUCCUCGGACAAGUACGACAUUUUCAAAAGGCUCUCCUUGGAAGGCUCCACGAUGCCCUUGGGCUUCGAGGACGCCAAGGAGAGCGCCUCUGCAGGCCUUGCUUCUGCUUCUUCAGUGGUCAAAGGAGACACGGACGACUUUGCAGACUUCCAGUCGUCUUCCAGGUUCUCCUCGGCCCUGGGGGCAUCCGAGAAGAGCCUGGUGGACAAGGUGGCCGCCUUUAAGCAGGCCAAGGAGGACUCUGCCUCGGUCAAGUCUCUGGACCUCCCGUCCAUCGGGGGCAGCAGUGCGGGGAAGGAGGACUCGGAAGACGCCCUCUCCGUCCAGCUGGACAUGAAGCUGUCUGACCUUGGAGGGGACCUCCAGCACGUCCUGUCGGACAGCUCACUCGACCUGCCAGUGGUCAGCGGGCACCAGCCCCCCGCAGCAGAGGUGGACGACUUCAAGUUUGACCCCUUCGGUACCUUCAGUGCCGGCGACUCUGCGGUGAGCAGCCUUGCCAGCUUCGAUUGGUCAGAACGGGAGGAGCCGGCGACCAAUCGGAGCAAGAAACCGCAGCCAAGCUUCUUUAUCUCCGAGGGCAGCCCUGCAUCCGCCUCCUCUGUCCGAAAGAAAGAGACUUCCUUCGGCAGCGCGGAGAAUGUCGCCGUGACAACCAGCGGCAAGGUGAGCGCCUUCACGAGUGAGGAGGCGUCGAGCGGCAGCGCUGCGGGGGGGCAGUUUGACGCCUUCGCGGAUUUCGGGACAAAGGGCCAGAGUGAGGAGGAGGAAGAGGAUGAUUUUGGGGAUUUCGCCAGCACGGUCUCUGAGAAGUCCAACACGGCCCCCGUCUCUGAAGAUCCGGGCUUGGACACCACCCAGCCGGACGACUCCGUGGCCUCCCAAGCGGACAAGCCCAAGUUUGGCAAGUUUGACUUCCUCAUGGCAAGCUCCCAGACCAAAGUGAAGUCCAGCGAGGAGAUGAUCAGGAGUGAGCUGGCCACUUUUGACCUUUCAGUGCAAGGGUCUCACAAAAGGAGUCUAAGCCUGGGGGACAAAGAGAUCAGCCACUCCACUCCAUCCCCAGCCCUGGAGCAGCCCUUCAGAGACAAGUCCAGCACGCUGAGCGAGAACCCAGCCCUGCCAGUCAUCAGAGACAAAUACAAGGACCUGACUGGGGAGGUGGAGGAGAGCGAACGCUAUGCGUAUGAGUGGCAGAGGUGUUUGGAAAGUGCUCUGCAGGUCAUUAAUAAAGCCAAUGACACUCUGAAUGGGAUCAGCAGCUCUUCUGUUUGUACUGAAGUCAUCCAGUCCGCCCAAGGAAUGGAGUACCUCUUGGGCGUGGUGGAGGUGUACAGAGUAGUGAGGCGCGUUGAGCUGGGGAUCAAAGCGACGGCAGUGUGCAGCGACAAACUACAGCAGCUCCUGAAGGACAUCAACCGCGUGUGGCACAACCUGAUUGGGUUCAUGUCCCUCGCAAACCUGUCGCCUGACGAGAGCUCCCUGGACUUCUCCUCUUGUAUACUGCGCCAUGGGAUCAAGAACGCCAAGGAGCUGGCCUGCGGAGUCUGCUUGCUCAGCGUGGACUCCAGGAGCAAGACGUCAGGUUUGCCAUUGUUUACCUUGGUCUUAAACGCUUUGCAGAAGGAAGACAAAGCAAAGGAACGACCCCCUAAAAAUGCUUUCAGCUCGGAAACGGACAGCUUCAAGUUGAUGUACGGGGGUCACCAGUAUCACGCCAGCUGUGCCAAUUUCUGGAUUAACUGCGUGGAGCCCAAACCGCCAGGCCUCAUCUUGCCUGACCUGCUCUGAGCUGCUGCCAUGGCGACCAACAGAGCUGCUAGGCAGAGGCCUGUGGAGAGUCAAAUCACAAGGCUGUGGACGUGAAGUCUCCAGCGCUCGCUCAGACCAACUGCUCUCCAUUAACCACCCAGAGCUUGUGUUUGAGGACUUCAUUACAGAAGCUGGGAAUUGGAGCUCCUUAUUCCUUUUCUGUUGUCAUCUCACCUCCUCUCAUCGACUGCCUAGGCCAGUGUCCUCGAGUGUUUUUGUUGAGCUGAAGAACUCCUUUUAUUAGGUGUACAUGAGAACAGGACAACGUGUUUUUUUCCAUACGUUUCUACUCGACCCCAGACUCGGACCUAGGAGUCCCAUGAGGUUCCAGCGUGAUUUCCGAGGGCUUAUGUUAACAUACCAGGAUUGAAAGGGUUAAAGUACAGGUUUAUCCAAUGCCACAAAAGCAGAGCUUGAACACAGUAGUAGAUUGUAAUGAGUUUUAUUCCCCUACCGACUGAAGGAUGGAAAUAUGACUCCCAUUGCAUAGCAGUUUGAUCCAUUCCCUGGUUUCGCUGUGAGCUUAAUCAGAUACCACCUGAGCUUGUUACCUGUACAUACUGUGGCUAAUCAAGCUUCUAGUAAAACCUGGAGUGGGUGAAACUGCUGUGCAAUAGGAGUCGGGUGCCAGAUUCAGAUUCACCCACCGGCACACCUCAAAGGACCACUGCCCUUGAAACGAGAGUGUCAGAUUUUUAUCAUUUAUUUUUGUUGUUGAAGUAAAUGGCGAAAUCAUUCUACUCUCAUUUGAUUGGUGUUUACAGUGUAAUACGGUCUUGGAAGGGAAGUGACUUAAUUGACUUUUGGUAAAUAUUGGAUAAAAGACAGGAAUGUAAAAGCAUCCGAGUUGCUUUUCAGUAGGUGUGUUUAAGCAGCUGUAACACAGUGAGGUAUUGUUAACUUAAUUUAUUGUGGCGCUUAAGCUGAUACCAAAUCUAAGCCCUACAAACCACAAAACCAAUUUAAAAAAAAAAGGCUUAUUAUAAUUAUAAUUUACAGGAGUGAUUUAUCAAAGAGUAUUUGUUGUUGCUGAGUUGUGUUGAUUGAUUGAUCGUUAUGUGAAAUCUUCUUCUGCGUUGCUAUAAUUCCACACUUUCAUUUUUCCUGAUUUAAGAUCUGGCGCUCUCUAAAUGCAGUGCCGUAUUUAUUUAUUCCUUGUGUGUGAAAACUGUGAACUGGAGUAGAACAAGGGGCAUUCAGUUGUAAUGUUUAGACUGUUCUCAGAAGAGAAGUAGUUUCUGUGUGUGUGUGUGUAAUGUGAUUCUGUGUGGAGGGCUCCUGUUACCAGCAAUCUUCUUGGUGCAUUCUGUAUUUAUACACUGAACUGUGUUGCUUUUACAAAGUCUUUCUCCUGCCCUGAAGUUCAAACUUUGCUGUCAUUUAACAUUGUCCCAGUUGCAUUCAUAUCUGUGGGGGUUUUGGGGUACCUGCACAGCCCUAAUUGUCAAAGCUUUCAUCCCUGAUACUGCACACAAACCUAUAGCCCUUAUUUGUGUACUGUAUGCCUAGUUUCUGUACAUCCCCAUGUACUCAUAUCUACUGCUCUGUCAGUGUGCACUGUUCCACAUGUCUGAUCAGCAGGGUUGGGAAAUCCUAAUAAAGCGGUUUUGGAACGAAAGCCUUGGAAGUCUCUGACAUUGCUUUGUGACGGAGUUUGCAGGUCCAGUUACUCAUGUAAUCAACCUACUCUUGCAUGAACACGUGCGAGUUAUUGCUGUUAAGAUGCAUGGUGAUGUAGCGCUUUUCAUGCGCAAUUUUAUAAAGUAUGUAGCAACACAAGACCUUGUGAUGACAGUAACAGGGCUGCCGCUAUGCUCUCAGCAGUACAGUGCAGCUCUGAGUGUAUGUGCUGUCUUGUAGUUCAUUGAAGCGGUUUCUUGGCCAGGGUUUUGUAGCUGUAUCGGUGCUGUAGUUUAGAUUCAGGCUGAUGCGACAAACCAUGACUGACUUUUUCUUGAAUUGGAAAACUCUGUGUAGGGGUUCAUGAUACGUUUCUCAUUUUGCAUGAUUUGUCGGAGAAUGUCUUUUAAUGCCACAAAGAGGAAGUGCUAUGCAGAUGCAGGCUGGUGCUUUUGAAAAGUUACCUAUGUAGAACAGACAGGAUCAAAAGAAAAUACUGGUCCUCCCUGAGGUUCAACGCACUUGAUCCCAGAUUUACCUGCUGCAGAACACUCCAGCUGGUCUCUGUGCUACUAAUCUGCAGCCUCUGUCCCCUGCGUGUGUCGAUCACAUCCCAGCACGGGCGAUGAAUCUCCCGUUUCCUAAAUUGAUGCUCAAAAAGACCUCGCAGAAGAGCGUAUUUUAAUUAUCAGCUAUGAAAUCCAUCUGGGAUCCUAGUGAGGAGUGACAGGAAGGAGCAGUAUUGUGAGGUCUGAAUUGCCACUUGAAAGAUUUUAACUGUGUCUCCAUUCCUAACGCAUUUUUAUUUCCUGAAAGGAAUUGGUAAACGCAGGGUAUGCUUUAUUUUUUCUGUCUCUUUCAGUAGUCGGGUUUGUGGGACGAGGGAUUUCUCUGGGUUUGUCUAGCUCUGCUCUCCCUCCGGGAGUUUUGCUGCUUUUUAAUUUACCAGAUUUUUUUGUAUUAACUUCAUUACAAAGCGAUGAGAAUGUGGGUCUCUUCUCUGUUGGACUGCUUGAUCCCAACAGACUUCUAAGAAUACAUUUCGAGCACAUUGUCUUCUUUGUAAAACCAAUUAACCCUGAUUGCUGUGUUCUGUCACCUAAGGGUAGCGGAGUGUACUCACUGUCUUUGGAAACUCAAUCUAACUCUGUAUCAGUGCAUGCAUGGGACAUUAUCUACAGGGUAGUCCAGCUUGUGAGUUGGAGCUGCUGUGGCAGUGACCUGUAUAAGUUUACCCCUCUGCUAACCGUUCAGUAACAUCUAAUAAACUGCGCCCAGAUGUUUAAUAAUCUGCACGCGUACUACAUUCUCACAGCUGCUUAUUAAUGAGUCGUUCCCCGUCGAAGGUGAGGUCCUGUUUGUUGUCGUGUGGCCAGCAGCAUUUAUCUGGAGCCCCCCGUGCUUGGCUCCGUGUCGUGUAAUUUAUAAAGGUAAGGAAACAUCCCAAGCCGCAGCAGCGAGUCGAGAUCUCUUUAUCUGCAGCUUCAGGGUGGGUAGCCGGGGGUUAAGGCUGUGUGUUUGUUUAUUUCUAAUUUGGAUUUAUUUUUAUACUCCCUUGGAUAAGUUUCCUGAGUGAGAAAUUAAGGCGGCUCGUUAAUUCAGCCCUGAACGGUUGUUUAUUUAUAAGGAAUCGCUCAGCAAGUGAACCCGGCACAAGGUUGCCUCUCGGGGGCAAUGCGUUCGUUUAACGAGUGUUUGAGUUUGUAACGAGUGCUCCGUGGUGAUUUCAUUAUAUCCACUAGCACAGGGGGUUUAACAUUGGAGCACAGAAUCUAUAGCCCAGGGUGCUCUUUAUUAGACUGUGACCCAAGCCUCACCUGUGAGCUUAUCUUGUAGUGUAGUAGCACGAAUAUAUUUCUUAUUCAGGAAUAAUAAUCUGGUUAAAAGUAUCCUGCCACCGUGGCAGAUUUACAAUUUAGAGCUGAAUCGUGUUCGUGGAUUCUUGUAUUUCAUGCCACGAAACGGUAUGGAUUAUGGAAAACAAGAAACUCCAAUUAAAGACAUCUGCUGCUUUAUCUAAACUAGAUGGCUACACUGCAUGUGUGUCUAUAAAUUUAUACACAGUUACAAAUGUAUGAAUAGUUUCUCAAGCUUUUUUCCCACAGGCACAAAGUUUAAAAAAAAAAAAAAAAAAAAAAAAAGCUGUGACUCAGUCCGACCUCCUGUUGCUUCUAACUAACUGGUUGCUGUAUGAAUCAUUUUUAAAUGCAUUUAUAAAAAAAGUAUUAAUCCAUGAUUUACCUUUUAACUGUUGAAUUUGGAGCAGUUGUGGUGCUUCGGUACAGUAAUAUGGACAGACAGACGGCUCCUAUCAUUCCCCAGAUUGAUACCCCAUGACAGCUUGUUCUGGGAGCCUCCUGAUGAAGAUUUUAUAUAACAUGCGCACACAUAUUUAUAGGUCUCUCUGGGGGUGGAGCUGUAUAUGUCCCAACUGCCUUUUGGGAAGCAUUAGAUGUUUGCUGUGUCACGACUGCCUGCUGCUUCUGUUUAUAGAGGCUGUGCAGCUGCUCUACCGGCUGCAUAGCCUGAUGCCUGAUAUCCACUUGAUUGCGGUGACUCUCUGCUGCAUCACUGUUAAUAUUCAUCGCUAAGAUCCCUGCUGCCCUUGGUGACGGUUACCAAGGUAACUGUCCUUUUCAUUCGCUGUCGACAGGUUUGUAAUACACUGCGUCUUCUCCUGUUUUCGUUGCAUAUCGCUCCAGAUGGUCGUCUUGGUUUCUAGUUUAACGUCUUUUUAUAAUGCAGAGGCAUUUCAUUUAACUCUCUACUUUCCCCAGUUCCCCUGCGCUCCGAGUAGAACUAGUUAAGCUUUUAAAUGUACUUUCUGAUCCAUACCUGACCCAGAGAGUAGACGUUAACACUGUGCAUUGGAACAUCCCCAGUCUCUGUACACAUUUAAAUGGAUGCCUGUACGGCACAUCACCCAUACACUGUAGCUGUUGUAGAAGACUGUUUGUACAAACGGCAAAGCCUAACACAACUGUACGUGCACAAACAGAGAAACAAAUAUAUAUAUAAAUAAUGUGUGUGGUGUCUGACCAACUGUUUAUACCUUGACUAUUCAACUCUGAGCAAAUUAAAACAGGAGACCACUUUUAGACAGAAGUGAUAAUCUUUAUUUGUAUAGUUAUUCAUUUAAUAAUCUAUUAACUUUUAUUUAAUGAUUUAUUUUUGUAUUCGUGCUUUACGUGUUUCAUAUGUUAAUCUAGCACCUAAACUUUAUCAAUGAAGUAAAGACAAAACCACCAGGAACAUGUAGAUGAGGUUUCUUAUUUUUUAUUGGUGAUUUCUCAGGCUGAAGAUUGAAUCCGAGGCAGUCCAGAACAAUGGAUCCAACAUCUCUCUGGUUUUCAGACAGGCUUUGAAACGUACCCCCCCCCUCCCCCAUCGUUCAGCAAUGCAAAGCUAAAGGCUCGAAGGUUUCACUUGUCUCUUCUGCUUUGCAGUAAAAGUGACCUCGGAUUGUUUGUGCUCUUUGUCUCGUUCCACAGCACGUGCUUAAUAACCCUAGGUGACAAAACCCCUCGAUUUCAGCAACUCUGUUCAACUGCUUGAAAAUUCCCCUUCCUUUGCUUUAUCACGGCAGCCUUGGUGAAGUAAUCGUGGUCGUUCUGCGCAAGUACGGAGUGCUUGCACCCUAAACAGCGUUUUCAUCUUCUGCUCCAUCAAUCACGUGUUUGUUUUAAGUACGUUUAGGAAACGCAUGUUAAUUUUCUUAACCGUUCUGGUAUUCUGUGCACUCAAACUCCACAAAACGCUAUGAAAGUUGAGAGAAUCUAUAAAGUAUUUUAAAGGCUGAAGAGUCUGUGCACCAAACUGUUUCCCCGCGGGGCAGGGGUUCACCUCGCGGAGAGCGUGUGUUGAGAUGGUAGCGCAUUGAACUGGACAUGGCACAUAUAAAAAAAAAAAAAACACUUAGCUCAUAUGUUCACCCAUAUGGCUAAUCUAUUAAGGACACUUUGCCUACAAGAUAAAUGCUAGCUUAACCCCAAACUAAACAUCCCUGCUGAACUCUUAAACUCCUCUUGUGUUUCAUACACAGCAGUUGAACUGAUAUCACCUUAGCCCAAUAGACAGGCUGCCCACAGAAUUGCAGGGGUCUGGUAGCAGAUUGACCCCCCCCCCCCGGUAAAGCAUCGAAAUCGGAUUACAGAAAAGAUCCUCUAAUGGCGCACAGAUACAUCAUUACCACCUCCAGCUGGUUUUGACACACACAGUACGACAAUUAUUAAUCUGCAAAGUUUGCAGCCACUCCCCUCUGCUCCUGUUCUGUACAGACAGGCGCGCUGGCUGCAGUGGUUUGGGUUCCCAGGACCAGGCUAGCUUAGGACUGAGAGACACUUGGGGUGUCAGGAUUGUGGAGUACAGAGCUGAAGGAUUUAGGGGAGCAGGGAACUCUGCUCCAUGCUUGCCCCAGGAUGUUCAACAAUUAAAAAAAAAAAUAAUAAUAAUAAAAUAAUCCAAAAUGAAUAAAUAAAUGAAAUAUUUCCGUGUUCCAUUUUGCUUGUAGAAUCCUUGCGGUGUGCAUUAGAGACUAUAACCUCUUGUGACCUCAACGAUUUUCUUUUCUUUUGGAUUUGCCUUUUGGACGAUUUGAGAAAUAAAUAAACCCAGGAAUUUCAGGAAACAGUAAUAACCAAUGGGGGGGAAAAAACAUACCCAGGGCCACAAGAGGCUGUUACAGCUUUUAGUUUGGUUUCUGAAACCAAACUCUUGAGGGGGGGG